UGGUAUCAUGAGGAGUUUCCAAACUUCAACAUCUCCAAAAUUCCCUUCUUUCCUCACUGUUUUCUUCUUGUUUCUGUCAACUUCAUAUGCACACAACUUUUUGCUAAGAGGUUCAUCUCUAUCAGUAGAAGAUGAUUCAGACAUCCUUGUCUCACCGGAUAAAACAUUCUCCUGUGGGUUCUAUGGGAUGGGACAAAAUGCUUAUUGGUUCUCUAUUUGGUUCACCAAUUCCAAGGACAGGACUGUGGUUUGGAUGGCCAACAGAGACAGACCUGCCAAUGGCCGGGGCUCAAGAGUUUCUCUACGAGGAGAUGGUGCCAUGGUCUUGUACGAUGUUGAUGGCUCCAUCAUAUGGGAGACUAACACCACCUCCACUGAUGCUAGAAUGGCAGAGCUUCUGGAUACUGGUAACCUUGUUAUUAAAGGCCCUGGUGGUGAAAUUCUAUGGCAAAGCUUUGAUUCUCCAACUGAUACACUUCUUCCAAACCAAUUAUUUACAAAGAGUACAAAGCUGAUUGCUAGAUUACAUGGAGGGUCUUAUGCUUCUGGAUAUUUUAAUUUCUUUUUUGAUAAUGAUAAUGUGCUGAGGUUGAAAUAUGAUGGUCCUGAUAUUUCAAGCAUAUACUGGCCUAUACCUUAUUUGAAAAUGUUCGAAAAUGGUAGAACAAACUAUAAUGGUAGCAGAAUUGCUGUUUAUGAUGAAAUGGGCCAUUUUGUAUCUAGUGAUUGGUUCCAGUUCAUUGCUUCUGACAUGGGUUUGUUAAGGAUCAGAAGGAGGCUAACAAUGGACCAUGAUGGGAAUCUCAGGCUUUAUAGCCUGAACAAUGACACUGGGUUGUGGGUGAUAUCAUGGGAAGCUCUUACUCAGCUUUGUACUGUUCAUGGAGUUUGUGGGAGAAAUGCGAUUUGUGUAAAUACACCAGAGCCCAAGUGUUCAUGCCCUCCUGGCUAUGAGAUCACUGAGCCUGGGAAUUGGAAUAAAGGCUGCAAGCCUUUGUUUAACGAAACUCUUUUCCAGUCACAGCAAGUGAAAUUUGUGGAGUUGCCGCAUGUAGAUUACUUUGGAUUUGAUCUUAAUUUCAUCGAAUCCAUUUCGUUAGACUCCUGCAUGAAGCUCUGCGUGGGGGAUUAUCGGUGUAAAGCUUUUAACUAUAAGCUAACUGGGGAGCGACGUUGUUACACGAAAAGUGAGCUUUUCAACGGUUACCAGUCUCCAAGUUUUGAAGGCAAAAUAUAUCUCAAACUGCCAGUGACUGUUGAGACAUCUCAACUCGCUAUUCUUAAUGGCACUGACCCCAUUUGCCAGUCUGAUGAAUUGGAAACAAUGAUCGGUUCUCCUUCUAUGUAUAACAUCAACACUAAGAGAAUGAGAUGGGUUUAUCUCUAUUCAUUUGCUUCUGCCAUUGGUUUUAUUGAACUUCUCUUUGUAGUCUCAGGUUGGUGGUUUCUUUUCAGAAAGCAUGGUGUGCCAGCUUUGGUGGAAGAUGGAUAUCAAGUGUUAUCAAAUCGAUUUAGGAGGUUUACUUAUGCUGAGCUCAAGAAGGCGACGAAUAAUUUCAAGGAAGAGCUGGGAAGGGGAGGCUCUGGAACUGUAUACAAGGGCAUUUUGACAGAUGAAAGGGUUGUAGCUGUGAAGAGACUGGAAAACAUGUACCAAGGGGAGGAUGUAUUUUGGGCAGAAGUUAGCACAAUUGGAAAAAUCAAUCACAUGAACCUUGUGAGAAUGUGGGGAUUCUGUUCAGAGGGCAAACACAGACUCCUAGUCUAUGAGCUCAUGGAAAAUCAGUCACUGGACAAGCAUCUAUUCUCCCCAAAGUUUCUUGAAUGGAAAGACAGGUUUGAAGUUGCCUUGGGGACAGCUAAGGGUUUGGCUUAUCUUCACCAAGAGUGUCUAGAAUGGAUUAUACAUUGUGAUGUGAAGCCAGGAAAUAUACUUCUGGACAGUGAAUUUGAACCUAAGAUUGCAGAUUUCGGGUUAGCCAAGCUGUCUCAGAGGGGUAGCGAUAGCUCUGUCUUCUCACGAAUUCGAGGAACAAAGGGUUACAUGGCUCCAGAGUGGGCUACAAAUCUUCCCAUCACUGCAAAAGUUGAUGUUUAUAGUUACGGAGUGGUAAUUCUAGAGUUAGUGAAAGGAAUCCCUCUCUCAAAUUGGGGUAUAGAAGGCGGCGAAGAGCAUGAAUCAGAUCUAACAAGGUUUGUCAGAAUGGUGAAAAGCAAAAUUCAGUGCGGAGAGGACUCCUGGAUAGAGGAAAUAGUGGAUCCAAGAUUGAAUGGCCAGUUUAGCAGGAACCAAGCAACAACUAUCGUUCAACUUGGUAUAUCUUGUGUGGAGGAAGAUAGGAACAAGCGACCAACAAUGGAUUUAGCAAUCCAAGCUCUAUUAGAAUGUCAAGAUUAAUCUAAAACCCAGUUUUCUGGUCUGUCAGUAAAAGCAUUCUCGUAUUUUGUAAUUAUCUUUCCUUUCAAGGUUAUGACUCCAACAUAAUUUUCUGUUGCUGGUCAUCAAAUAGCAGUCAUGUUGUGGAAAUCCUACUCGUGCCAUUUUCCUGUCA